AUGAAGUUUCAAGUGAUCCUGAAUAUGAUGCGUCGUUGUUCGUUUCUUAUCGCGCUCUUGCUCUGCAUCGACCACGUUGCAUGGUUGGAAGCCAUUGGUAUCCACAAUUGGUCAUCCUUAUUUAACAAUAAUCCGUCUAAGAACUGGGUUGUCCUUGCCGCUGGUUCCAAAUCCUGGGGUAAUUAUCGACAUCAAGCGGACGUUUACCACGCGUAUCAAUUGGUACGUAAGAACAAUGUUCCACCGGAGAAUAUAAUUACCUUUGCAUACGACGAUAUUGCAAACAAUCCCAGCUCCCCUUUGUCAUUUUCUCUCACCCGCGCGCAGAAAGACAUAAAAAAGCGUACAUUGGAGGAGCAAUACGAGGAGGUGAAAAGGAAUACAAAGUCUAGUCACGUGAUGAAAUAUGGUGAAAUGGCAAUGGGAAGUCUCCCAGUUGGAAAAUUCCAAGGUCAUUAUGAUCUACUGAUGAACCGAAAUGGUGGGGUCAUAGCACUUGGCCACAUCGUCAAGGAUACGUUUCGUGACUUCGUUGAGCAUGUGAAAACCAACCAUAAGCCAACGCUAAAGGGCCUGUCCAAGAGGGAUGAGCUCAUGUGUUUCAAGACAGUAUUUGAUCAAUUCCGGACGCACUGCUUCACAAUUCAGCAGCCGAAUGCGGUGGGUAGAAAGCCCUCUUGCCAGGCGCAUUUGAUUUCAAAGACGCGACGCUUGAUCCAGGCCGCAACCGAGGAAGAACAUGAAACUGCUUGGCGAAAGCUGCACCGUGCGCUUCAGGUCCCCGAGGUAGCCCAGCAUACAACUCAUUUGAUGGAGCUGUGCAAAGCCGGAUACGAGGCUGAAACCCUCAUCGACUCUGUCCGUAACAUCUGUUCCUAA